GAGUGCCCUGCACAAAACACAAAGGUCAAUGCCCUUCCUCACUGGAAGGGUUGAAAGAGGUAAUCAACAUUGAGGAGGAGACACUUUUCCUGGGAUUCAGCGCUUCAGUCCUCGGUGCUCACAGACGAGUGGAUAGACUGACAGGAUGCAGAAAGCAGUGAUUCUGGUUCCCCUGCUGGUCCUGGGGUGGUGUUGGACCCUUCAGGGGGUCCCUGUUCUCCCAGAACCUCUCUACCCCACGCAGGAGAACUUUGAUCUGGCCCGGUUUUUGGGAACAUGGCAUGAUGUUGCUAUGGCAAGUACAUGUCCCGAUAUCCAACAUAGAAGAGGAGAUGCAGCCAUUGGUAAACUGGUUCUGCAGACCAGCGCCACUGAAGGCAAACUCGAGGUGACUCGACGUAUGCUGAGACAUGGAUCAUGCAAGGAGAUCAGUAUGGAGUAUGAGUUGACCACCACACCAGGGCGGUUCACCUACCAUCUUAAAAAGUGGAACGCAGACGUGGACGCCUACGUGGUACACACAAACUACAAUGAGUACGCGAUAGUGAUGACGAGCAAAGUGAAAACAUCGGGCGAGAAGAGCAUCUCCGUAAAGCUUUACAGUCGAACUAUGGAUGUGAGAGACACUGUGCUGGAUGACUUCAAAACACUGGUCAGAGAACAGGGAAUGAGCGAGGACAAUGUUAUCAUUAGGCAGAAUAAAGGAGACUGUGUUCCUGGAGAGUUUGUAGCCGAGCCUGACCUUCAGUUGGUGGUACAGCGGACGAAGAGAAACCCGUUGCCUUCUUUGGUGACCGAAGACGAUGAAGGUUCUGGUGAUGCUUCAGUUCUUUUCAAUGGAACCGAGUCCUGUAACGCAGCACCAGAAACAGGACCAUGUUUUGGGAUGCACCAGCGUUACUACUACAACUCCUCCUCAUUGAGCUGUGAACUCUUCAAGUACGGAGGGUGUUUGGGCAACCAGAACAACUUUGAGAACGAGAGAGAGUGUCUGCAGAGAUGUCGCACAGAGGCUGUGUGCCGUCUGCCCAUGGCGGCCCAACCCUGCACAGGCCAGCCCCUCGUCUGGGCCUUCGACUCCACCGUCGGCCUGUGCGUGCCCUACAAACAAGGCUUCUGCCAGGGCAACGCCAACAAGUUCUACAGAAAAGCAGAGUGUGACGAGUACUGCGGGGUACUAAAUGAUGAGGGAGAACUCCUGAAGGCAAACUGAGUGAGCCGAGGAAACAUUGAAGCCCAGCUGAACUUAUCAUACAGCGAGGCAACUUGAGGCAGCAUCACAAAAACCGCACGUUAGAACAGGAUUUUGUCUCAGCACUUACAGAAUAUGUGACGUUAUAUCACAUCAGAUCGCAAAUAAAACUCUUAACUCUG